CUGGUAUGUGUUGUAUCUUGUUUUUAUUGAGAAUGAAAUAAAAACUAAACGCAGACAAUGCAGAAGUGCAUGGAACAACAAUUACACUAGCGUUGUGGGCGUGGACUGGGCUGGGCUAGCGUCUCGAUCUCCCACUACACUAUGAUCUCUACGGAAAAACUAGCAUCAGCAACAUGGCGGUCGUCGAUGCCAAAAUGUCCGACUAUUUCCAGCGUUAUAUCGUCCCCCUGGCUGGAGUAUUCAUUGUCUUGAGGAUUCUGCAUUAUGUCCUCUCGAAGCUCCAUCCUAUUGUGUUUGCUAAAAUUUGCCCGAUAGUGAGUAGAAAGCACCAUCUGGAAAUCAAAGAGCACAAAGACAAACUCUUCUCCGACUUGGCAGCCACGCGCAAGGACAGCAACCAGCGGUUUUUCGCCUUGGAGAUCGGCUGCGGACCCGGGGCCAAUUUCGCCUUGUAUCCAGCUAAUACAUCCCUUCUUGUCGUCGAGCCGAACUCAAGAUUCGAGGAGAGUGCCGUCAAGAAUGCUGCCAAACAUCCAUCACUGGAGAUUUCAAAGUUCUUGGCCAUGGGAGCCGAAGACUUAAAAGGGCAUGUCGAGGAUUCAAGUCAGGAUGCCGUCGUUAGUACUCUCACAAUGUGUUCGGUAGAUGACAUUGAUGCUGUGGUCAGCGAGAUCCACCGAAUUCUCAAACCCGGAGGACGAUUCUACUUCGUGGAGCACACAGAGACGCACAACAAGAACAGCUGGACGCACUUCAUGCAGAGGAUGAUGGUCCCGGUAGUCUUCACCCUCGCCCAUUGCCAAAUCAAUAACACCUUCUAUGUUUCCGUAGACCGGGCCGGGUUUAGCAAGGUUCAAUACACCAAGAUGGACAUAGCCAAGUGUCCACGUUUGUUCAGGUCCCAUGUGCUUGGAUUCGCAGUGAAGUAGUCCUGAUUACAUUUGCAUAGUCUUGGGAAUACUGAGUACCGGUAGUUAGAGGUUUAGUGUACCGUACGCAGUUUAUAGUGACACUUUCUCUUCCAUUCCUGGUUUAAUUUUGUUCUUCACAUUCAGUAUAGUAGAUUGUAGUGAUGCUAGACCAGGUACAGAAAAAAGAAAGAAGAUUGCUGUUUUCACCAAAAUGGAAUGAACUUGAAUUUUUAUUACAUUGAGUUAAUUUCUUUAAAUAUUUUCAUUCUGCAUUAAACCAUAAGUGACUAAAACUCUACAAUAAGUAUAUACAGUAACAAAUAAUAAGUAUAUUCAUAAUGUGGAUGAGCUUUCCUCACACUUCAAAAUAUACAUGAACAUGUGUAGCACUAACCCGAAUUAUGGUAAAUGUCUGAAGUAGUCGGGUUGUCAUAUAAAGACCCUAUCCGAUGAAAAUACAACUUUAUAUGUUAUCAAUGGAAAGCUGAAUGAACAAAAGCAAAUCAAAACCUCAUUUUCCGCACCCCUCCAAAUUACAGGUCAAAAGGGGUCAAAUUGACUGCAGUUAUACUGUGACAUCAGAAAAUGUGUGGAUGCAAUUGGCUCGCCUAUAUACUGUACAUAUAGCUGGGGUGAUGAGACGUGUUUAAGUGUUUUAUUAACGCAAAGUCAUUGAGGUUAUGUGUACUCCACAUAAGAUGAUGUCAUUAAGUUGAUAGGGAGUUUUAAGUUUGACAACUUCCGAUUGUCAAAUCUUUUGAUUUCUAUUUUUCAGAGAGCUGUUACUCCUCUGACAGACUAAAAUAGCAUAUAGUCAAUAAUCUAUGGCUUCUGAGCUUUCCGUUGAUAUAUAAUCUCAACUUUUGAAUUUUUCACUACCGACGGGGUCUUUAAUGCCUUGUUGAUAUGAUACAGUACAGCUUGAGUCUUUCAAACAGCUCUAAACAGGAUAAUCUCUUUUUUUUUAAUAGUAGGUAGUCUUUAUGACAACUCUGUGAUUGUUUUAAAUUCCACCCCUUUUUUGUUAUACAUUCCAUUGUAGCUAUUGCCAUUGAUAUUUUGUUUGAAUACACAAUUUUUUUCUUCAUUGCAUUAUGUAUAUUGAAUUCCAUUGAAGUGCCAUAUAACGUCACUUUGUUUUCAUCAAGUAGUGUUUGUAGUUAAUGUUGCCAACUAGGAAAUAGGAAUUAUAGUUUUUUAAUGGGAGGGUGGGGAUACAGAUCAUGUUGUAUUUGAAAGUGAGAAAUCGUUAUUUUCGAACAAAAAAUGCUGCCUGAUGUGUAGAUGAAACAUUUUGUACCUCGGAUGAACAUUUAGUAUUUUUAAUGCCAUGUAGUUUCUGUUACACAGAUCAAUUACAUUUCAUUCCUUAAGACGUGGUGGUCUCAAUUCAUUGUCUCAGGUCUAACACACUAUCAUGAUUUGUUAUCGGAGUCGAAAAGGACCCUCCUUUUGCAUACUUGUAAGAACAUUUUCACCCACAAAAUAUGACACUCUCAUGCGUACUAAAAGCUUGUACAAUAUGGGCUGUAAAUAUAAACCGAUUUUGGCCGACUGAGUACGCAAUCACAAAAGUCCCCCUAUUUUCACAAAUACUGUACAAAGCCAUCAGCAUGUUAGCAAAAUUCAGGAAAAUAUUAUAAGUUCUUUUGAAUGCAAUUCCUUGCUCUUUCAAAAUGAUGUGCAUGUACCCACCUCUUUUAUACGAUCUAUCAUACAUGCACAGAAGGAAUAUGAAGUGAUACCAUUGGGCAUUAAGGUUGUAUUUCAUGGUACAUCCAUGUAUCGUCCUUGUUUUCAUGAAGUGGCGGUAGUGAAGAAAAUCGUAACGCAAAGUGAAUGCAAUUUUUUUUCACUACCGUCACUUCGUGAAAACAGCGACGGUAUGUUCUGUGUACAGUCGAAUAUGUAUUAGAGGUCUAUGCUUAUGCAUUUUUAAUCUGAUGUAUAAUGUACAGGUACUACGUUAGUAUCCAUUUACGGUACAAAUUAUACAGAGAUCUUUUAAACAAUACCAGCUACAUUUGUUUUCUAUUCUCAUAUUUCAUACAUUUUCCCAGGGAGAGAUUAUUGAUGUGUGCCUUUUACAUAUAGUUCUACUACACUCUACAUUUUAUGUGAAAGAACAGUAGCAAGCAAAAUGUGUUUCCAACUGUUUUUUUGGUACCAUAUUUCAUUUGAAACUGGCAAGUUUGCAGCGGGCAUCAUGGGUAGGUCGUGGAGUGUAGAAAAAUAUACAUAAAUGGAAUACUAGUAGUAAGUUGGAUGGUGUACAGUUCAUUGUCAUUCUUUCAACAAGGAUUUAGACUACUGUAAAUGAUGAUAGAAAACUUUAGUGCAAUUUGUUGUUGUUGAAGGUGGUAUUUAAUUGUCCAUGUGCAGAAUAUGAAACAGUACAAGUCACUCAUUCAGAAUUUGUAUAUUUACUCUUCUUACUCAAAUGACCUAACUUUGCAAACAUGAUUAUUCCAUUCAAGAAGCUGUAACUUUGAUUUAAAGAGAGAAAUGCAAUUGCAUGUACCGGGUAUGCAUACUAUCAUUUACAUUUUAAAAUAUUUUUACAGCUCCCCAUAUAAAGCACCUGCAUUUUUUUUUCACUGCUAGUGGUUUGGUUAAAAGAAUCCAUUGUUACAAUUUAAAUUUGCAUACCUUUAAUUUGUCCUAGAGCUGUUUUCCACAUAAUUGCAGGUGACAAUGAUUGUUUUGGUUUGUUCAUUUCAUUUGCUUCACCGAUCAAGUGCUUAAAUGUAACCUUACGCUGCACUCUACAUGUACGAGAAUGCGUUGUUUGUGAAUAGUCGGAUGCAUGACUUACUAUCAGUCUUCCAAAUUAUUUACUCUAAUCUCACAAAACAUCAACAGAAUGGUGCAGUAUAUUAUUAAUGCAAAAUAUACGAAAAUUGUAAGGGGAACAGCAAAUCAUGAGGCCAGAUAACAACUUGGAUUGGAUUUACAAUCAUGAUAUUAGAGAAGGGGACAGGGAUAACAAACUCCUCAAAAAGGUUCUACCUUUCAAGUUUAAGUGUUGAUAUCUCUCUUUAAAUAGCACUGUCAUCAUCGAAAAGCCCGUUUAUUCACAUUUUCAGGUGCACUGCACAUUCCAUGAUUACAUAAUCAUGACAAAUUGGGCAUCAUUGUAAAGGCGAAUAAACAGGAUUUUCAACGAUACCAAUGUCAAAUAUAGUAAUAUAGUAACAAAAUAUACAUGUAUUAAUACUCAAACUUGAAUUGUAGAAAUGCUUAAUGACCUUUAAUAACCUUUCCGGGUAUGCUGAUGAGUUCUUCUCCCCUCUAAAUUAUUUUGCUUUGAUAAGCAUUUUAUUUUUAAUUGCUUGUUUGCAUAAUUUUAGUAUGACUGAAAUAUUUAUGUUAAAACAUUUUGUAAGCGCAAUAUAUGUUAAAAAGAGAAAAUAUAGUUUCAAGAUGAUUCAAGUCCCUGCAUGAAUCAGGUAGCUAUUGAUUUAUAACCAAAGAUUACAAAUACUUAUGUGAUUGUGUAAUUUUAUGUAGUCUUUGUAUCUGUACAUGUAUAGUUGGUUAUAAGUGUUUUACAAAUUGUGAAAGUAUAUUCAAUGCACAAUGAUUACAAAUCAAGUUUGAAAACAAGUAGUUAUGAUAUCUCUUCUUAUGUUAAUAUUUUGCCUGUUAUUUGUUUUAGUUUUUCAGUUGAAUAUCAACUCACUUAUGACCCACCCCUAUUGACAUUUAGAAAAGAAGUUUGUGAAAUAUUGGGUCCAUGUGUGCCAUAGCCUUCUUUUACUGUAUAUUACAUGUAUAACCCUGAAAUAUGAGUACAUGGCCUUACUACCGUGUAAUGUAAAUGUUUUCUCCUGAAUAACAUUCAUGUAUAAACAGCAGAUAGCUAGAUAUAGAUAAAAUAUAGUACAUGUAUUCAUUUGUUCUCUCCAUGUUAAAGCUAGAAAGCAAGACCAAAGCUAAGUGUUAUUCAUCGAUAGUCUGUAGAUGUAGUCCCUGUGAGUUUUCUUUGUAUUUGUAACUUGUAAAAUCAUGUUUUAAUUUUUCUAUCAAUAAAAUUGUUAAAAGUGAUGCAAACAA